AUGGUCCGAACACGUAUAAAGAAGUCUAACGAUGCUGUUGAUAGUGUUGGGAUUCCGGCUGCGAAGAGAGUGAAGAAUAAGAAAGAACCAGUUUCUAACGAAACUUAUAAAACAAAAACGGUAUCUAAGGAAAUUUCGAAAACAAAACCCGUUUCUAACGUAACUUCUAAAACAACACCCGUUUCUAUGGAAUGUUCAAAAAAGAAACUAGUGCCUAUCGAACCGGAAAGGUUCGGUUUGAAUUGUUCACUUCCACCUACUCCGAGCUUUGAAGACGAUAUGUUAAUUGAUGAGAAUUUCGACAACUGCGAAGAUGCUGAAACUGAGACUACUGCCACUGAAGAUACUUCGAAAAUUCAUAAAGAAACAGCCACUUAUCAUCAAUUGCGAAAUGUGAAAAUGGAAAGAGCUAUAAAUUGUGUAAAACAAGAAUUCUUCGAAACUCCGAAAACACCUCGUUUCCCACCUACGAACUUCUUUAAAAAGAAGAAUUCAACAUCUCGUCUAACGGCUCCACUGCAAGAUUUAGUGGAUAUCGACACCAGUAGUACUUCGAUGUUCACUGAUGGAAUGAGAAAUGUUCAGUCCGAUGCGCCCACUUCGGCUCCUCUGGUCACGACACCUUCAUAUGCCGCACGUGUCACUCCGUUCCUUCACUCAAAAACAGGCGAAGGAUCUCACUUUUCUUCAAAUAAUGACAAAUGGAAUCCGAUUGGAUUUACCGUUAAUAAUCUCUACAACUUGGAAAAAGGAAUUCCGCUAUCACGAUCGGAAUGCGAAGUUGAUAAUUUUUCCUAUAAUUAUUAUUCCAUUUACGUUUUACAGGAAAACCUUCAAAAGCUUUCCAAAACCGUUCAAGAAACAGAUUUCUACCCAAUACUAGAACUUGCCCAAAAGUUUCAUAACGUACAUCCGGAUUUGGAAAAGUUGGCAUUGGGUCUGGCUUUUAAUACUGCAAUGGUAACUGACACGUGCGAUUUCAUAAAAGGAAUCGGAUUCGAUCUAAGAAAGGCCACGGAGAACGAGGAAAAUGUUAUGCUACCGUGCAAAAAGACCUUCAAACUCUCUUCGAUUGUUACUCCAUCGGAAGCUGCUAAGUGGACAUCAUCUCGUUUUUAUGGCGAUGCGCGACUUCUCUUCCGAUUCGUUUUUAAAGAAGUCGCUAAAAGAGACCCGUUUUUCGUCGCAUAUUCUGCACAAGACUUCUCAAACGCCGGUUACAUCCCAUUCGGCGACAAAUUCUUCGGACCAAUAGUUCGAUUUGUAAUCAGAGGUUUCCGACAAGACAGCGACUUAAACAUUCGAACUACUUUGCAGUGCGUGGCUAGAGAAACUAUGACAAAUUUUAUUGAUCGGUUCCGUAAGGAGUAUAAAUCACAAAUGGACACCACCCCGAAAGAAGUCGCGUUCACUCUGAAGCAAUAUCUCGAGGAAGUAAAAGAAUUAGAUGAAGGAUCGUAUGUCACAGCUCUUGAUUUCACCACCAGCAACCCUCCCCAAUUCGAUUACGCCUGUCUUACGUAA